AUGACUUUGCCUAUGUCCUCCAGUGCCGAGUCAACGGAAGCCCCCAGCCAGCUUCAAGCCAACCUUGCCCCAGUCGCCCUGAAAUAUGUUGCCCUCCCCGUCCCUCUUCCUGCUUCAGACACAAUGCCAAUCUCCCUCACCGCAUCAGAAGGCAUGCGACCGCCCUGCCGCCGCUGCCUCCUCGACGCCAGUCCCGGCGAGAUCCUGAAUCUCAUUGCUUACGACCCAUUCCCAGCCGACAGCAUCACACCGUACCGUGGCACAGGGCCGAUCUUCGUCCACGCCCACGACUGCGGUCUCUUUAAAGGCGAAGUCUUGCCUGAACGGCAGUUGAGCCGACAAUUGUCAGUAAGGGCGUACAACAUGAACCACAUGAUGGUGGCGGCGGAGGUGGUUGAGGGCAGUGACUUUGAGAGCACAGCGGGUGGAAUGUUGGCGGAUGAGCAAGCCGCGUAUAUCAAUGUGCAUAAUGCGAAGCCAGGAUGUUUUGCCGUCAGAGUCGAGCGAGCAUAA